AUUCAGAAGUUAUUAGAAAACCGCAUAACUAUUAAACUAACGGACGUGAAAUACAGCUUUGAUUUCGCAAUACAACUGUUUAAACUUUCUUUAGCCCAGCACCCGGGCUAAGAGAAGUUAGUUACGACGGACAAAGAUCAAGCAAGUGAUGACUGACGUAGGUAUGGAUCUAUCUUUGCGAGAUGACAAAUCAACCGAUUUCCUGACUCACAAAUCUAAAGAAGACCUUUCUUAUGAACCGAAAGAAUGGAAGGGAAAGUCUUCAAAUGACAUUACCGCUGCCGAGAGUGGUGAUGGUGGGAAAGAAAACCGUGAGACUUGGGGACACAAAGCGGAAUUCAUCCUAGCCACUGUUGGUUUAGCUGUUGGUUUGGGCAACGUUUGGAGGUUUCCGUACCUUUGCCAGAAAAAUGGAGGAGGUGCUUUCCUUAUUCCUUAUGUUAUCUUCAUGGUGAUUGAGGGAUUACCACUCUUCUUUCUGGAGCUAAGUAUUGGUCAGCGAAUGAGGAAAAGUGCCAUAAAAUGCUGGCAAGAUGUGCAUCCAGCCCUGUUUGGAAUUGGUGUGGCAUGCCUUAUGGUGUCUCUGAUGUUGUGUCUCUAUUAUGUGGUUGUAAUAGCUUGGUGUUGUUAUUACUUCUUCAUUUCAUUUACCUCACUACUGCCGUGGGAACAUGACAAGCUAUGUAACAACUACAAGGCAUUUACACAACUUGGAGAAGCUGUUGCCCAAUGUGCCAAGAACAACUCUUGUUCAAACACAACUCAUGCACGUUUGAAGUCAGAAUAUGAUAACUUCCCUGAUUGCUGUGUGCGAGAUCCACCACAAUAUUACUUCUACCAUCACACACUGCAGAUCUCAACUAGUAUUGAAGAUACUGGUGUUGGAAUAAAUGGAAAACUUGCUGGAUGUUUGGUGUUUGCAUGGGUUAUUACAUACCUUUGUGUAGUCAAAGGAAUCAAGUCAAGUGGAAAGGUUGUGUAUUUCACUGCAACCUUUCCUUAUGUCAUCCUGAUCAUCUUGUUCUUUCGAGGAGUUACAUUAGAAGGAGCAGGCAAUGGUGUAAAAGCCUUUUUUAGCCCAGAUUGGUCGCUGCUAGCAGAUGCCAAUAUUUGGAAAGAUGCUGCUACCCAAAUGUUUUUCACCCUUAGCCUGGGCUUUGGUGCACUGAUUGCAUUUGCAAGCUACAUGCCUCUUCACAAUCAAGUGAUGCGUGAUGCAUAUACUGUGGUAUUCAUCAACUGUGGCACAUCACUGUUUGCUGGUAUUGUGGUGUUUUCCAUUCUGGGAUAUAGAGAACAUGUCACAGGCAUCCCAGCCACUGAGNUUUCUAAGUUCUAUCUUUGA